GAAAGAAAAGGAGGAAAUUAGCAACGCUCCAUGCGUGUGAUGAGUUCAUCUCGCUAAAAAAAACCCAAAAGAACAUCAAAAUGCUGAAAGAGUUGGUGAAGGAGCGACUAAUGGCGGCAGCCGAUGAAAUCUUCGCGCUGUUUGAGAGGACGAUGGCGUCUUACGAGGAGGAACUUCGUCGAACAAGAGAGGAGAGGGAGCGGCAACUGGAAGCUGUUAGCAAGACUCAAAGUGUGCUAGCAGUUGAAGACGUCCAGCAGCUGAUUGGUUGUCAAGAACGUCCCCCUCAGCCACAGGGAAGGAGCUCCACUUUGAAGCAGGAGGAUCCCCAGUCCCCCCACGUUAAAGAGGAAGAGGAGGAGCUCCGGAUAACUCAGGAGGGAGAGCGUCUUCCUGGGCCGCAGGAGGCUGAUCUCACCGAGUUGCCGCUAACUGGUGUCUCUGUGAAGACUGAAGACCUUGAAGACAAACCACCUGAGUCCUCACAGCUUCAUCACAGUCUGAGCGACAAGCCUCCAAGCAGCAAAACAGAAGGUGAUGGAGACCACUGUGGAGGAUCACAAGCAGACAAGCUCCUAGCUCCACUGUCGGAUAGUGACGACGCAAUGUCACUCCAUCCUGAGGCUGAAGACAGAGGCAGCACCCAAGAAGCUUUGAGCAGCGAUGCAGACUGUGACGGUGACACGAGGACCCACACUGACAACCAACACUCUGAACGUUCUAAAAAGGAGGCGGGUAAAAAGCGGUUUACCUGCUCAGUUUGUGAUAAAAGAUUUACUUUCAAGUGCUAUUUGGAGCAACACAUGCGGACACACACUGGAGAAAAACCCUUCAGUUGCUCAGUUUGUGCUAAAAGUUUUCCUAUUAAGUGCUACUUGGCUCAACACAUGCGGACCCAUACGAGAGAAAAAAUCUUCAGCUGUUCAGUUUGUGAGAAAAGCUUUCCCAAUAAGGGCUAUUUGACUCGACACAUGCGGACACACGGAGGAGAAAAACUCAUCAGUUGUUCAGAUUGCGGCGAAAGAUUCUUUUUCAAGUCGACGAUGCUUCGACACAUGAGGACGCACACGGGAGAAAAACCUUUUAGUUGCUCAGUUUGCGGCGAUCCGUUUGCGCAGGAGUCCACAUUGGCGAGACACAUGAGGAGACACACUGGAGAAAAACCGUUUAGUUGCUCCGUUUGCGGAAAAAGAUUUUCUCAACAACCACACAUGCUCGCACACCUGAGAACACACACAGGAGAAAAACCGUUUUGCUGUUCAGUUUGUGGCGAAGGUUUUGCCGUGAAGGUGUCUUUGACGACACACAUGAGAACGCACACAGGAGAAAAACCUUUUAGUUGCUCAGUGUGUGGGAAAAGAUUUAUUCAAAGGACACAUAUGUCUUUACACAUGAGAACACAUAGUGGAGAAAAACCUUUCAGUUGUUCACUUUGUGGGAAAAGAUUUGCUCAACGGCAACAUAUGCUAUCACACAUGACAACACACACGGGAGAAAAACCUUUCAGUUGUACCGUUUGCGGCAAAGGUUUUACUGUAAAGACGUCUCUGAAUAAACACAUGCAGGCACACACAGGAGAAAAACCCUUUGGAUGCUCUGUUUGUGGGAAAGGUUAUUUGUAUGAGAGAUGUUUGACAGCGCACAUGCAGACACACAGCGGCGAGUAAAGGUUUCCCUUUCCACUUUGUGCUAAAAGAAAAAUAAAUGGAAGCAUAAUGUCACACGUGAGAAGUCACCUACAACGUGAUGUGUUGUUUGUGUGAGACCAGAUUCCCUCAUGAGGUCUCACUUUUAGUGUGCAGCAGCUACAUAACUUUAAAUCAAUCUGAAGUAAAUGAGAAAAGUUGACUUUCUAACGAGCUCAGUCAGUCUGAUUGGGUUGAGAACAACAUGGAUAGUGGAGUUUUCCUCACCUCCCUUCUUCCCGACUACACAAGUGUAUGCCGAUAAUCUUGAAAAUGUGUUUGUGUCCGUUUUCUAUGAUUUUAUUACAAAGGUAAAAUAAGAACUGCGCACAUUCUUCGAAAUAAAUACG